CAGGACUCCAGUCCACAGUACCUCGUCUCCUCCAGGACUCCAGUCCACAGUACCUCGUCUCCUCCAGGACUCCAGUCCACAGUACCUCGUCUCCUCCAGGACUCCAGUCCACAAUACCUCGUCUCCUCCAGGACUCCAAAAAGACAGUAUGGAGAAGAGCCAGUAUGGACCCCCGCAGGACGUGUCGGCUACCCCCUACCCCGGCUUCCCAGCGGGCUACCAGGGAAGUGGGGGGGGAACAGCCUACCCCCCUCAGCCUGGCUUCCAGGGAGGUCCCCAACCCGGCAUGUACCCACCACCUCCCCAACCCGGCAUGUACCCACCACCUCCCCAACCCGGCAUGUACCCACCACCUCCCCAACCCGGCACGGGCAUGGCACAACCUACAAAUGCCCCCGGCAUAACCCAGGUGGUGAUACAGCAGCCGCUGCUAAGAGACGUACCCGGCCAGAUGAUGUGUCCCCACUGUCAGGUCCCGGUUCUGACAGAGACCACACACACCACUGGACUGCUCACCUGGCUCAUCUUUGGAGUCCUCUGCUGCUUCCUGUGCUGGCCAUGCUCUUGGAUUCCAUUCUGUGUUGACUCCUGUAAGGAUGUAGAACACCGCUGCCCCAACUGCAAGAGAGUGAUCCACAUCCACAAACGCGAAUAGACCAAGAUGAGACGCAUGCCACAAAGUGAUCCACAUACACAAACACAUGUGACUAGACCAAGAUGAGAAACCUGCCACAAAUUGAUCCACAACUAGCCCCGGCCCACAGACACUGCUGCCACAAAGUGAUCUAUACUUUUAUGAAUCCAUUCCAAUACACCACAAGUCUACACCACUACACAACUGGUCUACAACUCUACACCACUAGGUCAAGAACACUUUUAGUACCAGAGUAAUGGUGACUCAUAUUUCCAACCAUAACACACACGCUUGUGAACAAUAGUCUGACUGUGGCUGAAAUGACUACUGGAAGACCAGCUUAACAUUGACUAGUGUCAGUGUGUAACAAGCUAAGGCCACUUCUAGCAGACUCUUUACACUGAUUGUAAUAUAUGUUUUCUUUCAUUCUGUGAAUCUUCAUGUUAGACAGAAAGUAGGAUUCUAUUUGUAUUGACGUUGGUAUUGAUUGGUUGUUGGGUUUUUAAAGGGACAGUCCACAGUUGAAUCAAUAAAAAAGCUGAACCCUG